UUUUUCUUUCAGAGAGGACACUUACCGGUACGCUGCCAGCUUCGUUGAAAAUGGAGAGAGGAAGAUCCACUGCGCCGAGAAGGAGGGUGCUGCGUCCUCAGAGGUUCCGUGACGAAGAAGAUGUUGGCCAAGUCCACGGUUCCGGUGCGAAGAGGAAGGUAAAUUUCUCCCUUCUAGGUGGACGCUCCAACAGGCGACGCAGGAUGAUGGAGGCCAUCACUGGAGACGACGCCGCCAGCAGCCACGGACCGGAGGAAGAGUUCGGAGGAAGCGGGUCGGAAGAAGAUGGCGGCGGUAUGAAGAUGCAGGCAUCGCGAGACUCGGAUGACGUCAUCGCACCGGAAGGAGAAACCGAGAGGAGGAGGAGAGUUGGAUCCAAUGGAGAAAGGAGAGAGAGCAGAAGGGAGAGGAGGAAGCAGGACCUUCAAGACGGCAGGAAGGAAGGGAGAGGGCUUCAUCCAGUACAGAAGGGCAGUCUUCACAGAACGGCGACAGGACCAAGGUGCCUACACGGAAGACUACUAUGGCUCGUGACCCCCUCUUAGAAGAAUUGUGUGAAAGGGCAGUAUCCGAAAAGACUCUUUCCAGCUACAAAAGGGCCUGGAAGAGAUGGCAGAUAUUCUGCAGAAGCGGUAAGAGCAAUCAAGGCACUAAGGAUUUGGUGUCAUUUUUAAUGGUCCUGUACAGAGAAGGAAAGUCAAGAGCAGGAGCCAGCAACGCAUUAGCCGCAAUUUCUCAUUUUUCCAUAGUAAAGGGUAGAGCAGAUAUCACACAUGAUCCAUUAGUUAGGAAAAUAAUGAAGGGAUGGGCAAGAGUUGAAGGCCCCAGGGUCGAUAAGCGAGAACCCAUAAUUGAAUGCAGACUAAAAAUGAUUCUGAACUCUCUUGAGGAGGUGUGUUCAGACCAAUUUGAAUGUAUUUUGUUUAGAGCAGCCUUCGCUCUGGCUUUCGGAGGAGCAUUUAGGAUAAGCGAAUUGGUCCCCCCAUCCAAGAAGGUAACAGAUAAAGGUUUAAUGUAUAGCCAGGUUUUAUUACAGGACAGGAAGUUGUUAGUUUACAUCAGUAGAUCAAAAACAGAUCAGUUGGGUAAGGGCAGAUGGUUCAGUAUAGAAAGAACUUCGAGAAUAACAUGCCGGUCAAGGCCUUGCAGGAUUACAUAGGGAUGCGCCCAGCAGGGGGGCACCUUUUGUUAAUUCACAGGGACUUAUCCCCCAUGUCAGCAUUUCAAUUUAGGCAAGUGCUCAAAAAGGCAGUCAUUGCGAACGGAUGGGAUCCUAAAAAAUUUGGAUCACAUUCAUUCAGGAUAGGGGCAGCAACAGAAGCAGCAAUGAGGGGAGAAACAGAGGAUAGGAUAAAAGGAAUUGGGAGGUGGAAAUCAAAAGCAUACAAAAAAUACAUACGCCCCAUAAAUGUAACACAGUAGUAAUCCUACAAUUUUUAACCUACCCCACCCCCCCUUUUUUCUUUGGUUUGUUGCUGCAGGGGGAAAAGCUACCUGCAACAUUUUGAUCAUAGGCCACUCCUUUAUUUUUUGGGCAAGACAGCAUGCAGCAGGCAAGCAGUUGGGGUUACCGGAGGAACACAUGAAGAUUACAUGGCAGGGGUGGAGAGGCAUGAAGUGGGAACAAAUGAGAGGCCGGUUGUAUAGUUCAAUACAGAAGUUCAAGUUCAUAAACCUGGUGAUAGUACAUGCUGGGGGAAAUGACCUUACGUCAAUCAAAACCCCAGCGUUGGAAAGCAUGAGAAAGGACUUGGAGGAUUUAAUGUCCAGCAACAAGAUAGGGGGAGUGGCUUGGUCAGACAUCAUACAGAGAGGAGAAUGGCGAGGAGCAGUUUCCCCCCAGGGCAUUGAAAGAGCCAGGAAAAAAGUAAACCGGGCCAUGCACAAGAUCAUGUGUUCCUCAGGUAACGGGGUAAUUAGACAUGACAAUAUAAGGUACCGACAAACACAGCUUUUUAGAAAGGAUAAAGUACAUUUGACAGAGGAAGGUUUGGAUUUGUUCUGGGCAAACUUCAGGAAUUAUAUAGAAGAAUGGUGGAGGUCGCAGGAGGUCUAGGUGGGCCAUGGAAAAGGAUAGGUGGCACCCUUCCCUUCUUUUCCAUUGGGUGGCAUCAGUGCGGCUCCAGGAAGAUGGAUGGUUUUUUCAGUGAAGUGCAGGCCUACCCUCGGAAAGUCGCGAGUGUGGAGCAGACUUUGACUGCACGGUCUUGUCUGUGUCAUGCGAGAGGCUGGGUUAGCGCCAUUAUUGCACAUGAUAGGGAGCAGGGGGAUGGGCUACUGGUUGGUCAACAGCGGGCGCUCUGCCCCAUGAUCCCUGCUCUCUAAAAUAACUGUUUGGUACGGUGUGGGCACCAGGCCCACGUUCUUGGCGAUUAUAGGAGCCGCAGCUGGUGGUCAGGGUGUACCUAGUCCUUGGCACAUAUAUAUAUAACUUUGUUAAUAAAAUACGUGACCUCCACAGAUUUUGCCACCUUAA